AUGCCAAGUACUCCGAGGGAUGAGUUUGGAGUAUUUGCUCCUAGUAACGAUGUCGUUAAGGAAGUCACUCGCACUUGGAAAUCCACAAAGGUUUCUUUGACACGGAAAAUAGGAGCCUUUGUUCUUCCAAACGUUUUGAAAUUUGCCAGAAGUCAUUUCAACUGCCCUAGUUUAGACGGUGUGGAUCUUGAAAAUGAAGGCAGUAGUGCCACACAUUUAACACAUUUUGAGAAAAGAGUUGUGCAUGAUGAACUUAUGUCAGGAAGUGUUGAACUACCGUCAAUUGUUUCAGGGUUAACAUUAUCAGUUUUCCAAGAUUCUGGGUGGUAUGACGUCAAUCAUAAGAUGGCCGGAAACUGGAAAUGGGGGAAAAAUUUAGGAUGUGAAUUUAUUACAAAAAGUUGUUCUGAAUAUAUGGCCAUAAGAAGAUCCCGAAAAGAACCAACUGGUCCAUGGUGUGAUUACUUUGAUCUGACACGUGCUCAGUGUAUAUCAUAUAACAAUGCAUAUAAUUACUGUAACAUGAAUCUGUAUCAGCAGCGUAUUGAACCAGACAAACAACAUGUAACAAAUCAUCAAGAGCGUGAAUUUUUGGCAGGUGAUAGUAAAUUACAUGAUGGGUGUGCAUUGUUCCAGCCGGUACCAAACAUUAAUGGAACAGGUCAAACAUCAGUUUGCACACAUGAAGAAAAUAAUCAGCGUUUAGGUGUGAACCCUUUAAUGCAACAGUUUGGACCGAGUUCUUUGUGUGUUAAUCAUGGAAAUAAUAAAAGAUGGGUACUAAACACAAACAGAGGUAUUCAGAGUACCGGUGAUAUGGGAGCAUCAUGCCACGUGUACCGAUGUGGUAAUGGAUUAGCGAUUAUGAUAGGACCGAAUACUAUUUCGUGUCCAAAACAGGGAGGAACAGUGGCUUUAAACGUACAAGGCAAUUUAGGAUUGAUCAAAGGUUUUGUCCAGUGUCCACCAUGUAAUGAAGUGUGCAGACGAUGUUAGAUUACAGAAUAAUUUGGAUUAAAUAAAAGAAAUAUAUUGAUACGAUUAAUAAAACAAAUACAUCUUAUUCAAUUUCAUUAUGUUAAAUAUAAAACUUUUUGUGUUCUACCUAGUGAAAAAUCGUUUAUAAUAAACAAA